AUGUUUUCCGAGACCCUAUCUUCCGUAUGUGCAACACAGGCUCCGGAUUUGCAUGUUCUCGACCUUUAUGAGAACCUUCUAUCAGGAAAACUUCCUAAUUGUUGGAAGCACUUUCAAGGAUUGUUGCCACUGAAUUUGGCAGGGAACAAUUUAUCUGGGAAGUUACCAAGGUCAUUAGGCUAUUUGAUGAAUAUUAUAUCCUUACGUUUACAUGAUAACAGCUUUUCAGGAGAGUUUCCUUAUCUAGAGAACUGUACAGAAUUAGUGGUGGUUGACCUUGGAGCCAACAAGUUAUCUGGAAAAAUACUAGCAUGGAUAGCCAAAGCCUAA